AUGGAGCAUCCGCAGAGCGAAACUUCGCCCAGCGAGGAACUAAAUCAGGAAUACAGAGUUGAAGUUACGUCGAAGAAAAGAUUAACCGAGACGAUAAACAAAUGUAAAGAGAUUUUAAAGCGCGCUUUGGACGGACAGCCGGAGGUUGCAGAAGAGACGAAACGAGUUUUACUGGAGGAGCUGCUGGCGAACUUUGAGGCAGCUGUCCAGGUGAACGUGCUGGUGAAUGGGCAGCCGUGGGAGGACGCUCCAGAUUGGAGGACACAGUUGCAGUCGGACCCGGAAGCUACGUUUUUACUUCCGGUUCACGUCAAACGAACAAACUUGGCGGUAAAGAUGGAGCAUCCGCAGAGCGAAACUUCGCCCAGCGAGGAACCAAAUCAGGAUUACAGAAUUGAAGUUACGUCGAAGAAAAGAUUAACCGACACGAUAAACAAAUGUAAAGAGAUUUUAAAGCGCGCUUUGGACGGACAGCCGGAUGUUGCAGAAGAGACGAAACGAGUUUUACUGGAGGAGCUGCUGGCGAACUUUGAGGCAGCUGUCCAGGUCAACGUGCUGGUGAAUGGGCAGCCGUGGGAGGACGCUCCAGAUGUUGAAGACGAUGAGGCCGUGGAUCUGGACAGCCUGCUGGACGACACCAUCGUGGAGACCACCAGGAGGCGCCGCACCUACCCCAAAAAGAUCCUGCCCCACGUGGUGCACGCCCUGAAGGCCGAGCGCAAAAUCCUGGGGCUGUAUGACCACGCCGUCCAGACCCCGGAGACCAGGACAGAUCCAGAUCCAGGGACAGAUCCAGACCCAGAGAGCCUGAUGAGCACCUUGUCGGCGGCUGCUCCCGGGAUGGUGAAGCAGGCCAUCCAGGUCAUAAAGUCCAUCAGCAGCCUGCAGCAGCAGGCCGAGGGCCUCUGCCAGGUCCUCAGCUCCGAGCCCAGCCCGGCCUCCGCCCAGAUCCACAGGGAGGUGUUCGGCCAAUCAGACGCCCCCGCCGCAGCCACCAGGAGCAGGCGGCCAAUCAAGAGAGCCGUGGAGGAGGCGGCGGCCGCGGAGGGAUACAAGAAAGCCGCUCCGGAGAGGAGGGGCUGCACCUGAUCGUGUCCUCACCGGAGGCUGUUUUUCCAGAUGAAGACGCUUUAAAUGGAUUUUGUUUUGGACGUGAGUCCAUAAUCUGUUUAGAUUCUGCAGAAUCCACGACGUUCAGCCAGAGAGAGCCUCAGAAAAGCCAAACUCAAGACCCAGUGAGGGAAAUCUGAGGAUUUACUCCUGGUUUUAAGUCUUUUGGAGGACAGGUUUCCACUGAAACCGUCUCAGUCUUGUGGAUGUAAAAAAAAGUUAUUAUUGUAAUAUCGUUUUGUGAUUCAUAUCUGUACCCCCACACGUUUAGUUUGUUCUUCCUCUCGGCUGGAAGUUAACUACUGUUGUACUCUAAUAAAAGACAUAAAGGUAUAAGUAAGUUUGUGCAUUCCUUCUGGUUACAUCCACCCCAGUGAGAGGAAUUUUAUCAUUUUACACUAAACAUUUGU